AAAUACAUAGACCGUUUAUUCUCCUCUUUUUAAUAUGCCAAUAUUCGCUUAGGAUUGUUUACCAUUGAACCCGCCUCAAAAUUCGAUCUAUCCACCCUGUCAUUCGACCGCGAGACACCGACUUUUAUUACUUAUUUCGAAAACGAUUGUUUUUUAUCCUUUCGUCUCGCGUUUCUUUUCGUUUCUUUGAGUCGUUAAAACACUUGCUAUUGUAAUGGUUUCCCUCGUUUUACGAGUGUAAAAUUCGCGCACGAAACGAUGCACCGCCGCGGUACAGCAUCCACCAUGGGGGAUCUGCAACCGUGCCACCACCGAGCUCGAAUCGCGUACGCCGGCGAAAGUAGUGCCGCGCGCGCUUCUCCACCGAAACUCCUACGAGACACCGACCUCGCACGAUCGACGACGAACUUUAUCGAGAACGACCGCGCGCGCCAAUUUUAAUGUUUCCUGCCUAUCUUUCAUUGUUUUCUUUUGUUUUUCUCAAAUUCCAUCUACGUACGAACUAGCAUUCGAAUUCCCUUUUCUUUUAUACUGUUUGUAUUUUCGCCAGUUUUCUAUUCAUCGUUGUAUCUUUAUUUCCAAAAUAACAAUAAAUUUUAUUUCUUAUAAAUAAUAUAUACGUAAAAUAUAUUAUAUAUACAGGUAAAAUCAUGUUGAGCGGUUUGACAUACGUUUUCAAUGUUAACCCCGAUUAUUCAAUUGUUUUUUCUUAUCUUUAAUUAUUCUUAAUAUAUGUUGUUAAUGUCUCCUUUUUUGUUGAAAUAUAAUAAAUACGAAUGUUAUGUGAAUUUGUAGAUGGAAUAAUAAUCGACUGUCGGCCAACCGAAUUUGAUUCGAAUACGGUGUUAUCGUUGGAGCUAGUCGUACCGCGGUGAGACAGGCGCACGCGACAACGGAAAUGACGGCAUUCGUAUCUCAACAUGGCGGCUACUGAACAACGUAAACAGACUGGCAAUCACGGGCUCUCGUAUGUUGGCGGAAAAAUUUCGAUGACGACUCUCGAUGAGAACGUGAAUCCUGUACCACGGGAGUUCCAGACAAUGGAUAAAACUGAUUAUUUGGGAAAAAGAGAACGCAUAGAGACAGUAUCUAUGAACAAUCAAAAUGAAGAUACAACAACAGAUUUUGGAUAUCCAGUACAAGUGGUACUUGCACAGCCUGACCAUACAUUUGAGUUGGACGAAGAGGCCUUGUCGAAAAUUCUACUUCACGAUAAUAUAAAAGAUAGAAGUGUCGUCGUCGUGUCCGUGGCAGGUGCAUUCAGGAAAGGCAAAAGUUUUCUACUCGAUUUUUUUCUUCGUUAUAUGAACGAUAAGUACAGUAAGGGAAAAAGUUCGGAUUCUUGGCUGGGUAAAGACGAUGAACCUCUAAAAGGAUUCUCGUGGAGAGGAGGUUCUGAAAGAGAUACUACAGGAAUAUUGAUGUGGUCACAAGUUUUCCCUGCUACUUUACCUACUGGAGAAAGAGUUGCUAUAAUACUAAUGGAUACGCAAGGUGCUUUUGAUAGUCAGUCAACUGUCAGGGAUUGUGCUACAGUCUUUGCGUUAAGUACGAUGUUGUCUUCUGUACAAAUUUACAAUUUGUCACAGAAUAUCCAAGAAGACCAUCUUCAACAUUUACAACUUUUCACCGAAUAUGGUAGACUAGCUUUGGAAAAAUCAGGAAGUACACCCUUUCAAAGCUUGCAAUUCCUAGUAAGAGAUUGGUGUUAUCCGUAUGAAGCUGAUUAUGGCGCAGAAGGAGGACAGAAAGUAUUGGAAAGAAGAUUAGAAAUAUCCAAUAAGCAACAUCCAGAAUUACAAAGCUUAAGAAAGCACAUUAAGUCUUGCUUUUCGGAUAUAUCUUGCUUCCUUAUGCCUCAUCCAGGCUUAAAAAUUGCUACAAAUCCCAAAUUUGAUGGUAGACUAUCAGAAAUUGAAUCAGAGUUCAAAGAACAAUUAAAAGUUCUUAUUCCAAUGAUACUAGCACCAGAAAAUUUGGUCACCAAAAAGAUUGAUGGUCAAGUUGUAAAAGCCAGAGAUCUGCUUGAAUAUUUCAAGAGUUAUAUCAAAAUUUAUAAAGGGGAUGAAUUACCGGAACCAAAAAGUAUGCUUGUUGCUACAGCCGAAGCGAAUAAUCUGUCAGCCGUAGCUGAGGCAAAAGAUGUAUAUUUACAAUCGAUGGAAAAUGUUUGUGGAGGAAUAAAACCAUUUUUGGCUACUGCUCUCUUGGAUGCGGAACAUCAGCGGUGCAUGGACAGUGCUAUACGUCACUUUCAAAAUAAACGAAAAAUGGGUGGAGAUGAAUUUAGUCAAAUGUAUAUGGAAAAAUUAAUUAAGGAUAUGGAAGAAGCUUAUCUUCAAUUUAAAGCGCACAAUGAAAGUAAAAACAUUUUCAAAGCUGCGAGAACUCCGGCAGUGUUCCUCGUGAUAGCAGUCACUAUGUAUAUUUUAUCUGGUAUAUUUGGACUAGUUGGUUUAUACGGUAUAGCGAAUACAUGCAACAUAAUUUUGGGCAUUGGAUUACUUACAUUCGUUUUUUGGGCAUAUGUAAAGUACAGCGGUGAAUUACACGAAAUGGGUACGCGAAUAGAUGAACUGGCAAAUGCUAUAUGGGAAAACUUCAUGAAAGUAAUUUAUCAACAAAUUGUGAAGAAGUCAAUUACUGUAGCAGUGGUGGCGCAGGCCGCUGAAUUGGCAACAAACACGACAAUGAACGCCACUAGCACUGCCAAUGGCAAACCAAAAAUAUCAUAAUAUGAUCAUUCCCUCCAUUUUUGGAUAUUUUAGAUGCAUAAAAGCAUGCGUCAGUAAAUUAACACCAAUAAGUGGCAUAACCAAAUUUUUCAAUAUACUACUUUCAUGUAGUUUCCGUUUAAUAAUGUUGUUGUAUAUUUGGAUUGAUUAAAUUGAAACGAUUGAGAAUGAUGUACAUAUGUACAUAAUGAUCUAUCAUUGAUUCAUUGCCAUCAGUGUUAGAUCAUUGAACAUUUCGGCUAUUUCUAUCAUCUAUGAUUAUUACUAUUGUAUUGUUAUAGACUUAAACAGGUCUUAUAUUCAUAAAUAAUAAUGUCAUACUCAUCAAUUAUAAUACAUUGACAUAUUACGACUUUUUAUCAUUUUAUUAAUGAUAAUUAGAAUAUGAAUUUUUGGAAAUACUUGUACAGUAGUUUUCUAUUGCCACAAAUUUGGUGUUGUAAUUAGUUCGCAUUAUGUUUGUGCCAGAAACUUAAUAAUGUACUCUACUUAUUUUUUUAUCGAAUACAAUAUAAAUAAUACAAAUUGUUAUCAUUAACUAAUGAUUCUAUAUAAUGUUCAAGCCCCCUUGGAUUCUAAUGGGUCGUGAAUUCAUUUUUUUUUUCUUGUUAAUAAUGAUAAUAUGUUAUGUUAAAAUCUAAUUACGCGAGAUUAUUAUGUUGAUGAUUAUGUUAAAAAUAUGAUAUUCAUGAUCCAAAAAAAAAGAAAACUCUGUGGGAAUAAUCUUAUAAUAUUUUUAAUUGAUGGUAUUAUUUUGUAUUUUGUAUGUUCAAAAACUUUAAGAGAUGUGUUAUCCAAUCAUACAAACGCAACUGAGAUAUAUACAUGCCAUAUUGAUGUAACAUGUGACGACUAUGUUAACUCGACAGAAUAAUAAUCUGCAGGGAGAGUCUAUAUGUUCUGUAAGAUUGUAUUAUCUAAUUUAAUUAUAAGAUAAAUAUUGUUGCCAAUGUGGUAUUAAUAUUGAUAAAAAUUA